AUGGCAAAAAAUUCAAAGCCACUGCCGAAAUGGAUGUUGAAAUCCUCAAAUGAAAAGAAGGACAAAACACAAGUUAAAGAAUCUGAAACCGAAGCACCGAAACUUGGGCUGCGUCAAACAGUUUAUUUCUUAUCAGAAAAGGAACUGCUGGAUACAGCGAAAGAGUUAUUAGUACAGGCUGGAAGAGGAGAGAUAAUUACUGAUCUGGAACAAAAGAAGAAUAGGAACAGUAAAAGAAGAAAGCUGAACAUUUCUUCAAAGGAGAGACCUUCCGAUCCUAAUACCUCUUCCUCUUCCCCUUAUAAACGUGACACAGAUAGUCCUGAUAUAUUUAGUGAUUUGAGUGCUGGUAGUGAUGAUAAUCAAAACAUGACAAAUAGUGAUAAGAAAAAUCAAAGACCGAAUUUGUCUGAUACCCACAAAAAUAUUGACAGUGAACUGAAAAAACAGCAAAAUUCUGUAGAUAAAGCUAAGAAACAUAAACCUGAUUUAUCAGUUUUGGAUGAGAUUUUCUCCUGA